GCCAUCCCGCAGAGCACCAGGGGCACGCCGGUGUCCACCCUGCUGCGAGACCCGUACAUCCUGGUCGCUGCAGGAGCCCUCUGCUUCUCCAACAUGGGGGUGGCCAUGCUCGAGCCCACCUUGCCCAUCUGGAUGAUGCAAACCAUGUGCUCCCCGAAAUGGCAGCUAGGAAUGGCUUUCCUCCCUGCCAGUGUAUCCUACCUCAUCGGCACCAAUCUCUUCGGCAUUCUGGCCAACAAAAUGGGCCGGUGGCUGUGCUCCCUGAUCGGCAUGGCUGUGGUGGGAAUUAGUCUCCUUUGUGUACCUCUGGCCAAAAAUAUUUACGGGCUGAUUGGCCCAAACAGUGGGCUUGGCUUUGCCAUAGGAAUGGUGGACUCCUCAAUGAUGCCUAUCAUGGGUUACCUCGUGGACCUUCGCCACACCUCCGUUUACGGCAAUGUCUAUGCCAUAGCUGAUGUCGCCUUCUGCAUGGGCUUUGCCAUCGGUCCAUCCACAGGUGGCGCAAUUGUAAGAGCUAUUGGGUUUCCCUGGCUGAUGAUCAUCAUUGGACUUAUCAAUAUUGCUUACGCUCCUCUCUGUUGGUACCUGCGCAACCCUCCCGCUAGAGAGGAGAAGAUAGCAAUCUUAAGCCAGGGAUACUCCAUGCAAACCAAAAGCUACACCACUCAGAAGACCCUGCGUGAUUUCCCUCUCACAGAUGACAGUGAUGUGGAGGCUGAAAAUGUGGAAUAG